AGAUAGAAUUUUCAGAAAAAGAGCACAAGAACAGGAACAGUUAAAAGUCGGGAUUUUUGGGUAUUUGAGAAGCAAUCGGAACAACAACGGCGUUUGUAACGCGGAUUUAUGUCGGCUGUGUCUGAAUCGGCUGCGAUUUCGUCUCUGUUUCUAAUCUCCUUUGCAAUUCAAUCGUCUUCUUCUUCUUCCUCGUCUGUCUUGUUCUUUGGUCUGAGUCUGACGGCUGUUCUUAACGCUCUUCGCUUCUGCUCCGAACAGAGGCUUAUUCUUGAGGUUCCUUCCAUUUCCAUGGGCUUAAGACUUAAAAGGACUUGUUCUGGUGUUGAAGUAUUUGGGGGUUUUCACGAAAAGCAAAAAAUACCCUUUUUCAUAGUUCGCUGAAACAGAGAAAUCUUUUUCCUGAAAAAAACCUCAUCCGAUUUAGCAGUUUUUGAUCAGAGAUUUUUGAGUGGGGUUUUUUUGGUGUGUUCUUGGUGUGUUUGAGAAGAUAUGAAGUCCUUUGUGAAACCUGAGAGAGACUCUUUGUUGAGAACAGUUCGUAUUGUUUUCACUGAUCCUGAUGCUACUGAUGAUUCCUCUUCCUCUAGCGAUGAAUGGUUACCUAAACCUCGAAAGGUAAAGCGUUUUGUUCAUGAGAUUACUUUCCUCCCUCAGGUCUCCGAGAGUUCUCAGGAUCGUAGCAAUGCUGUCAAAACCCCUAGAAGGAAAUCUACUAGGCAGUUUAAGUAUCCUGUGGGAGUUAGGCCGAGGCCAUCAGGCAAAUUUGCUGCUGAGAUUUUGAACCCAUUCACUAAAACUAAGAAAUGGUUGGGUACUUAUGAAACUCCUGCAGAAGCUGAGAAGGCUUAUGUUGACAAGAAGGUUGAGUAUGAUGCACUGGCUUCUUCAGGUUCUGCUGUUUCCUCAUCGGUUGUAACAGUGACUAGCCAGUGCUUGCGUUCCCCUACUUCUGCUUCUGUUUCUUGUGUAAGUGCUGAUGAUUUGUCUAAAGAAAAGACGUCUCUGAACAAAGAUGUUGCUGCGUCUGGUGAUUCAACCACCAAAGAAGUGUUCACUACUUUCGACUUUUCGGAUGUGAAAAUACCUGAUCUGAGAUUCUUAGCAGCAGAAGAGGAUUCUAUGGUUUCUAAUGCAAAUGGUGCAGAGCUAGACUUUGAUUGUUUCCUUACUGACUCUAACAUUCUGCUGGAUGAUUACUCAUUGCUCGAAAAUGAUAUCAACUUCAGCAGGUUUGAAAACAGUCUUCCAAGUGAGCUACCUGACUGUGAUUUCACUGAAAUGGAAUUCCAGCUUGAUGAUUUCAAAUUUGCCUAUACAGAUCAUCUGACAACACCGCCUCUCGGUUUGGUUUAAGAGUUGUUAGCUUCGGUUUCUGUUUCACAGGAACAUGAUGAAGAAAGCUAGAAAGUAUGAUCCUUGCGGUCUGAUCUCUAUGGAUUUUUCAUGUGCUUUUAGAACAGUCCAAAGGAGUGAUUUGCACAACAUUUUUUCAUAAAUGUUGGUUUUACUUUCUUUCAUCUUUAUGUUUUAAUCUAUUUCCUUAUGCAUUGUUCUUCGUAUCUCUUUUGUCUCUUGGUGUUGUACCUUUCUCUUUUAAUGUUUGUCUAAUCAGGACAGAAAAUCUAAACCGAGAAUUUAAUAAGUC